AUGGCGGCUAUUUCGGGUUCAGCUUGUUACUCCACGCCAACUCCCGCUUCCAAACCACCGCCGACCUUAGGACUACCGCUAGGAGGCUUCUGGAAGACCACCCUGCCCCUGCGUUUGUCUUCCUUCACUUUGGACUCAUCUGCAUCUAUAUCCCAUAGCUUCUUUGGCCGCAACAAUCUCAAACUGGUCGUCGUCCCCACAAGAAGCGUCAUCGUCCACAACUCAUUCUCUGCUAACGGCUCUGCUCCUUCAACCCCCCGAUCAAAGGUGGGAAGGCAUACAAUUUCAGUGUUUGUUGGAGAUGAAAGUGGGAUGAUAAAUAGGAUUUCGGGAGUCUUCGCGAGGAGGGGAUAUAACAUCGAGUCUUUAGCUGUUGGUCUCAACAAGGACAAGGCACUCUUUACUAUUGUUGUCUCUGGGACUCAAAAGGUUUUACAGCAAGUUAUAGAGCAGCUUAACAAACUUGUUAAUGUUUUGAAGGUUGAUGAUCUUUCAACUGAGUCACAGGUAGAACGUGAACUAGUUCUUGUAAAAGUGAAUGCUGAACCACAGUAUCGUGCUGAGAUCAUGUGGUUAGUGGACAUCUUCAGAGCAAAAAUUGUGGAUAUCUCAGAGCAUUCACUAACUAUUGAGGUGACUGGAGAUCCAGGCAAGAUGGCUGCUUUAUUCAGAAAUUUAAGCAAGUUUGGGGUCAGAGAAAUUGCGAGAACUGGAAAGAUUGCAUUAAGGAGGGAAAAGUUGGGUGCAUCUGCUCCAUUUUGGCGAUAUUCAGCAGCUUCGUAUCCAGAUCUUGAAGGAGCGAUGCCUGUUAAAGCUCUUGUGGGGGUUGAAAACAGAUCAGUUAAUAGUGAAUCUGAUACCUCUGCAGGAGGUGAUGUUUAUCCUGUAGAGCCAUCUGAUGCCAUCACAGUCAAUCAAGUCUUAGAUGCUCAUUGGGGUGUUCUUAAUGAUGAAGAUACAACCGGUCUUCGAUCACACACUUUGUCCAUGCUUGUAAAUGAUGUUCCUGGUGUUCUCUACAUUAUUACAGGGGUUUUUGCUCGAAGGGGCUACAACAUUCAGAGUUUAGCUGUUGGGCAUGCAGAAGUCGAGGGCCUGUCUCGUAUUACCACUGUUGUUCCUGGUACAGAUGAUUCGAUUAAUAAGCUGGUGCAGCAACUUUAUAAGCUUGUUGAUAUUCAUGAGGUUCGGGACAUUACCCACUUGCCUUUUGCUGAGCGGGAAUUGAUGUUGAUAAAGAUUGCUGCAAAUGCUGCUGCUCGACGAGAUGUCCUCGACAUUGCUAACAUUUUUAGGGCCAAAGCCGUUGAUGUCUCAGACCAUACGAUAACCCUUGAGCUUACUGGAGAUUUGGACAAAAUGGUCGCAUUGCAAAGACUGUUAGAGCCCUAUGGCAUUUGCGAGGUUGCAAGAACAGGACGAAUUGCUUUAGUGCGUGAAUCAGGUGUGGAUUCCAAAUAUCUCCGAGGGUAUUCUUAUCCUCUUAUAGUUUGACAAUUUAUGGGGCUUGGCAUGAGCAGUUAAACAAGCUUAAGUUUUUAACAGGAGUAAUUUUUUUAUGUAAAAAACAAGGUGUCUUGCAACUCUUUUGUUGUGUUCAGAAUUUCCAUUUGGAUAAUAAUGACAUUGAUUUUCGUUAAAA